GAGGAGAGAAAAGCAAAUGGACGUCUGAUAGCCAUAAUUGUAGCGUUUUUAGUUAUAUUCUUGGCUAUAUAUCACGCUUGGAUAAGAAAGUCUGCCGUACUAGCUGGUAUACUUGUUCCUGCAUUUAUAAUGAUAUCUUAUGGAAGUUGGGUCGUCGUACAGACUAAAAGAGAUAAACAGAAGAAAGCACUUUUCGAGAAACAUUUAAAAGAGGUGGCACAAAAAAAUAAAGAAGAAUUAGAGCAAAAGGCUAAACUGAAGCUUGCAAAAAAGUCUGAAAAUAAAUCUUCAACGGAGACGACAUUACAUUUUGAAAAUGAAGUGCAACGAAAGGAGAAGUCUCAACUUAACAAUGAUAAAAAUAAUUCCAGCCUAACAGAAUCCACAAACAACAGCAACAGUUCCUCGCUCAAUAGCGAUCACAGAAAGCACCGUAAGCGGCGUGAAAGACAACGUCAUGCGGCGGCGGAUAAUGUACAAAUUCUAAUACAUCAAACCGCAAAUAAUGAACUGCGCAUUAAAAGACCAAGUAUACGUCAGAAAAUAUUUGGACAAAAGCCCACACAACUCCAUUACGACUAUGUGAGGUCCAUGAAGGCCAAGGACACAUCAGCAACAAAUGCAUCAGCCACUCUAACACAAACGAAGAAGAAAAAAGUUUUACUACGCGUGGAUGCAUUAUCAGGGCCCCAAUUGGUACGCACCGGCUCAGCGCCAUAAACUAAGGAAAAUGGCCAAUGGAGGUCGGCCAUUUCAAUGGCAAUGCGUAUCGGCACGUAAACAGGAAAAAGUUUAAAAUUAGUACGACAGGAAAUCGAAGCGAAAAGCGAAAUAAAUUCGCAGUUAAUGCGAUUUUAACGCGCUUUGACGCUGGAACUUGUGUGUGAAUGGAAUUAAAGAAUUAAUUUGUUAAACAUUUUUUGCAUAUGUUUAUUUAUUUUAUUUUUUA